AAGCUUAGUGGAUUGAAAGAAAGAAUUUAGUUUUAAAUCCUCUGGUCCACAGUGAUUGUCAAGUACCACAUUAAAAUUUCUUUUCUGCCACAUGGACACUCAGGGAAUCCCAUCGCUUCACUUCUCUGUUGUGUUUAUGUAAGCACACUGCUCUAAAGAUAGCUAAUAGACAUUCAGCUCUUCAUUUUUUUCCCUAUCCUCAUCCAUCAAAAUGAAUUUAACUUGGCAUGGCAAGUCUGCAUUAUGAAUUCCCAUGGAUUUCAGGAGAGCCCCUAACAUGCUCUUUUUUCUUCCUCAAGCACAACGGUGACAGUGAUGGAGGUUUUAUAAUUUGUGGCAAUUAUUAGGUCUGCAGUCUCGAGACAUGACACAUACUCUGACACCUGUUUUUCUAAUUCUCGUUGAUUUUCACUGUCAGAACUGUGGCUGAGUAGUGAGACAGCAGAGGAGGCAGACAAUUACAUCAGCGUACCUUCCAGUCAAUCAUGAAGGUUUUGAAGACAUCACUCGCCACCAGGUUUGCACAGGAGGCCUUUGGGAAGCAGUACAAACAAACCAUCGGCCUGGAUUUCUUUCUGAAGAGAAUAAGCCUUCCUGGCAAUUUGAACGUGACCCUACAGGUGUGGGACAUUGGAGGCCAAACGUUAGGAGGAAAAAUGCUCGAUAAAUACGUAUACGGAGCUCACGGGGUUCUUCUGGUUUAUGAUAUUACCAACUACCAGAGCUUUGAGAAUCUGGAGGAUUGGUUCAGCAUGGUGAAGAAGGCCAAUGAGGAAUCGGAUAUCCAGCCUGUUAUCUCGCUGAUUGGAAACAAAAUUGACCUGGAGCACAUGAGGACAGUAAAGGCUGACAAACACCAGCGUUUCUGCCAAGAGAACGGCCUCAUCAGUCAGUUUGUAUCAGCCAAGACAGGGGACUCGGUGUACCUUUGUUUCCAGAGAGUGGCUGCUGAGAUCCUUGGUGUAAAGCUAAACAAAGCAGAAAUAGAGCAGUCUCAGAGGAUUGUGAAGGCUGAGCUCGUGGACUACCCACAGGAUGAAGGCCCAAUUAGACAUGAGAACAACCAGCAAAGCAAAAUAUGUUCCGUUCAAUAGAUGGAACGUGUGGUGAAGGCAGACAUUGUGAACUACAGUCAGGACACCAUGGCCAGGACAGUCAACCCCCCUCGCAGCUCUAUGUGUGUGGUGCAGUGACCGACCCAAGCACACACACACACACACCAUGCACACAAAAGGUCACAUUUAAAGAUGUAAAAACUGUCUUCAGGCAGUAUUCCUCUUUCAGGAAUUGUGGGCUAACUGGAUGAAAUGUGUUCAGUGUUUUCUCUGUAUUCCUGUGUGUCAGCUGUGCGGGUGAGAUGAAGAACAGACUGUGUGGUUUUGAGGCCUUGGCCUAUAGUUUGGAUAUUUAGCAAGAAUGGUUUCUUAGGUGGUUCACCAAAAGGGAAACAGGACCUCCUUUUUUUCAAGUUUACACGCAGCUAUCCUUUUAUUUCUGUGAUUCAUCUUAAAUAAAUAUUAAAAAAGACUUUAAGUGAUUACUUGAGUUAUGUGUUAGCAUGAAGCUGUUGUUGUUUGAGGGAGAACGACAACUACUGUCAUCAGUCCCUCUGCUAAUUUAAAAUAUAUACGUUUAUUUUCCUCUGCAAUUGGUGUUAGGCACAUUUGUUUGAAUGAUUAGCUGUGCUGCAGUACAUUUCGAAAGAUAACACCAUGAACACUAAGUCUCUGUCCCAGCAAACUGCAAAGCGUAGAGUCAGUAGAGUUAAUGGGAUCUGGGAGGGCUAACCAAAUACUCUGUCAUACAUUUCUUUGUGAUAUUCUUUUAUGUCUGUGGUGCUGCUCAGUUGAACAGGAGGGAAUUAGGUGUUGAAAUGCUGUAGUGCACUGAAAUGAAUCUCUGUUUUCAAUUUGCCAAUUAGGGGCUUGCACUAGCAGUGCUGUGAUGUAAAGUGUGUACUGUUAUUUUACAUAGAAAUAUUUAAAUUGUACAAUCUUAAAUCAGCAUUUAUAUUUUGUAUUCUUUAAUAUUGUACAUUCCUUCUGUAGUAUCUCAAAUUGCCAGAUGUUUCUUGUAGUGUCUUCAUCAGGAUUUUGAUAAUUUAGCGCUACAUUUUCACACUGUGUGACAUUUCCGGAUUUGUCCUGUUAGACCACAGUUCAGAUGGUGUAUUGAUAAAGUGUUGAUAGAUCAACAUGACUCAGGAAGGAGGUACCUGGGUGUCAAGCGGAGCAUGAGCUGAGUUGAAAUGUAUAACGUUUGAGUAAAGGUCUCUGCAUAGCCUUAUUCAGCUGUCCAUUACAGAACUGAAGUUUGCACUGAAGAAUCGCUCUGAGGCAUGAAAUGCUUCAUAGGAUCUUCAUUUUUACCACAUUUUAAUAGCCUGUUUGACAGCACACGUAUUAUUAGAGACAGCCAACAUGUUAUACGUUCAACCAGUUUUGUUAAAAUACUUGAUUAUGGGUUUCUAUGUGGUGUCCACCUCCAAAAAUAUCCGUCAUAUGUGUAAAGUAUAUGUUUGUACAGUACAAGCAGCCUGUGCUCCAUUUCAGAGCUCCUUUCAUUGAUUAGAAAUGAUCAGAGUGCAUCCUGUAAAUUCUCUUCAUGUAAACAAAAUGUACAAAAAAAAAAUAAAAAUGUACAGUUAAAGUGAAUGCUUAGUUGAUGUUAUAGAGUUAUGUGUUUCUGAAUAAAAAUGCUACAUGGAAAACAAGAAA